AUGAUGAACUAUUCCAAACUAUAUGAGCAAUUCAGAGAAUCGAACAACAAGUUCCAGGUUAUACAUGGAAAAGAAAACCUAACUAAAGUAGAAAAACUUCUGGUAUUGGACUCGUCUUUCAAUCCUCCUCAUUACGGCCACUACACUUUAGUCAAGAAGAGUUUAGAAUUUUACAAGCAGAAAUUAGUUGAUCAUAACAAAAUUCACGUUUUACUUUUGUUAUCAACAAAUAAUGCAGAUAAAGCACCUACACCAGCAGCGUUUCCCAACAGGAUGGAAAUGAUGUGUCUGAUGGCUAAUUUACUUUCUGAGAAUGAAAAUAUAAGUGUCUCUGUCGCCAUCACAAUUUUUGGAAAAUUUAUUGAUAAGACUGAAAUUAUCAAAACAGAUUUUUAUCCAACAUCUGAAGGUGAUAUUGUAUAUCUGGUUGGAUUUGAUACUAUUAUUCGAAUCUUUGAUCCGAAGUAUUAUCUUCCAAUUACUGUCCUUGAGGCAUUGGAAAUAUUUAUGGAGGAAGUAGAAUUUUGUUGUUUGACAAGAAUAGGGUCUGACCAACUAAUGAAACAGCUAUCCUACUCAGCAGAUAUUUUGGCAGGAAAAUAUGAGCCCAUAAUACCUAGGCAGUGGGGUGCAAGAAUCCAUGUUCUUUCGAAUGAUGAACGAUACUCUUCAGUAUCUUCAUCUGAAAUAAGAGAGCUAGUUAAUACAGGUAGAGAUAAGAGCAUACUGACGGACAAGUUACCAGAUAAGAUUAUUGACUACAUUUUCUCGCGAAGUUCCAAACUUUUCUGA